AUGCGACCCAUCGAUGUAACGCCUAAGAUCGCGGAUAAACUCUUGGCCACGGUGUAUAGCAACGUGAAAAUUGCAGCCCCGGCGAGAUUCACAGUAGGUGACCCGGUACGCGUCAGCAAGUACAAGACGGUCUUUGACCAAGGCUACACGCUGAACUGGAUGACCGAAGUAUUCAAAAUCAUCAAAGUACAGAAAACUAAUCCCGUGACCUAUCUCAUCGAGGAUUCGCGCUGCAAGCCAAUCGCCGGAGGAUUCUAUGAACACGAAUUGCAUCGCGUUGCUAAUCCGGACAUAUAUCUCGUGGAAAAAGUGUUACGCAGAAAAGGUGACGACGAGGUUUACGUGAAAUGGCUGGGAUUCGAUGAUUCGCACAAUUCAUGGAUACACAAGGACAAUGUAGUUUAA